CUGACUCACCACGGUGCAGCACAAUUUGCAGCAGCUAUGGGAGUUCCAGAGAUUCCUGCAGAAAGUCUGAUAACGGAGGAAAACAAAAAGCUCCUGGAAAAAGCGAAGCAAGAAAAAGAGGCUCAGGAAACAGAUAGUGAACCAAACUUGGAAACUGUGGGUGCUGUUGCCUUGGACUGCAAAGGGAAUAUGGCCUACGCAACCUCUACAGGGGGUCUCGUUAAUAAAAUGGUCGGCCGCGUUGGGGACUCACCGUGUGUAGGAUCCGGAGGUUAUGCUGACAGUAACAUCGGAGCCAUCUCAACCACAGGGCACGGGGAAAGCAUCCUGAAGGUGAACCUGGCCAGACUCACUCUGUACCACAUGGAACAAGGAAAGACGGUAGAAGAGGCUGCGGACCUAUCGUUGGGUUAUAUGAAGUCAAGAGUCAAAGGUUUAGGUGGCCUCAUCUUGGUUAGCAAGACAGGAGACUGGGUGGCAAAGUGGACCACCACCUCCAUGCCCUGGGCAGCUGCCAAGGACGGCAAGGUGCACUUCGGAAUUGAUCCUGGUGAAACUACUAUCAAAGACCUGGCCUAAGCCCCUGGAAGAUUGUGUUCCAGAUGCUAGCUUAGAGGAGGAGUACUGUCUCCUCAUGAGACACAGCCUAAUCAAUUAUAUCUAGAAAUGGAAACAGAUUGUGCAGCCUAUCACUUGCUUUGUUGCCUUAAUAAUCAUCUGAACGUUUGAUUGAGGGGUGGGUUCUGAAGUCACGAGAGACAUGCCCGUAUUAGGAGGAUUGCUUGAGCCUGGGAGGUCAAAGCUGAGGUGAGCCAUGGGUACUCCACUGUAUGCCAGCCUGGGUGCACAAGAACAUCAGGGAAAAGAACCAAAAUCCUUUAAGGGAAAUGUUCUCCAUGUAUGAGAGACUAAACUGAUUUUCCUAAGGAAGUUCAGAUCUUCCCUGACUUAUCUGGAUGUGUCCAGAUACUUCCAAAGGACCCAGAUACUUCCAGAGAAACCAUAGCUCCCUAACCUGGAGAUGGAAGGUCAUAAUGGAGAUGCUGUGGGAUUCCGUGAAGUUUCUUGGGUUCAGAGAUGAGCCUCCCUCCAUCAAUGUUCUCCCAUGAGCCAGACUCCACCUGCCAAAGACCCUCUGGUCCUCAUCUAGUGAGUGGCGGUGCUCACAGUCUCUCCAACAACAGAGAGGAGCCGACUGCUGUAGGGCUGACCCCAUGACUUCCUGCGUCCUCACCCUGUUUUGUGCUUUGAGAUUCUUCCCACCUCCCCAUCCCCACCAGCUGGAUCAGGCACUGUGCAGCGUGGUCAGCAUGGUGAAGAAAGUCAUUUCCUUGGGGACGGUAUUCCCCUUUAUCUCUUGUUACACUGGAAACGCGAUUCUGCUGUGAUAUUCAUGCUCAGUUUUUUAGUCUCUCAGGGUUCACCUUCUCUCUGGAAAGAAAUUGCCUAACUUUACAUUCCAUGUGCUGCUAAUAAAAUGUAUUUUGAAAGAGUAA